AUGGCAGAAAAGGCGACCAGACCUAGGAGCGGACUUCAACCCGGAGUGGCACAGCGGCACGAGCGUCGGCACGCCGGAUCCAAGGACGCCCACAGAGCGGCCCAGCAGCGCCCAACGAGCGCCCAGCGAGCGGCGUCAGUGCACCACCAGCGGCACCCACCCACGUGCCCACCAGGAGCACGCACAGCGCGGCCACCGCGCCCUCAGCAGCGUCACCCGCGCCGCCAGCCGCGUUAUCAGAAGCGCAGACGCAGCAGCGUCCCGCGCCGUGCAGUGCCACCCACGUGGCCAUCAGGUGCCCACAGAGCGGCCACCUCGCCCUCCACAGCGUCCACCGCGCCCUCCACAGCGCCCAACGAUCGCCCAUCGAGCGGCAUCAGUGCCCAUCACCGGCAACCACCGAGCCAGCCGCGCCUCGCGCCCAACGAACGCCUACCAUCGGCGUCAGCGUUCCAUCGGCCGCGCUAUCAGCAGCGCCCCCCCACUGCGUCUUCACUAGCGCCUGCCGACAGCACCCAUCGCGCCACCAGCAGCGCCCACUCACGUGCUCACCAGCGGCGCCAAUCAAGCACUCACCGAGCGCCACCAGGAGCGCCAAUCGAGCGUCAUCAGUGCCCACCGCGGUUAACAGCAGUGCCCUCAGCGGCAUCCGCGCCCAACGCAAAGCCCUACGAGCGGCUACCACCGAGCGCCAUCAAGCAGGGCAACAGCAGUGCCAACCGAGCGCUCACCACACCGAUCAGCGCUGCCGCGCCUCAGUCGCGCCACCGGAAGCGCCCACCCACGUGUUCAUCAGCGCCAAACGAUCAGCGCCGCCGCUCACCAGCCGCGCUCACCGAGCGCCAUCAGGAGCGCCAACCAGCAGCGCCCUCAGCAGCGCCAAACGCGCCGGAUACGUGGUCACUAGCCACGCUACGAGCGCCACCAGGAGCGCGCAACGAGCGGCCACCGCGCCCUCAGCAACGUCCAUCGCGCCGCCAGCAGCGCCGUCCACGGGGCAACGGGAGGGCCAGCCGCAACCACAUCGGUCAGCCACUGCUGCACGUCAGCAGUACCUGCCGUGCGCCCCUGGUAGCGCCCAGCGCCCAGUCACGCCACUAG